AUGGGCAAACUCCUGUCUCUCGGCGCGCGCCUGCGCUAUCCCAUCACUAUCACGAAGCUUCUCAAAUCCAAAGGCGACACCAUAAAGAAACAGGAGCCCGUCCUAGAAUAUUCUUUCAAGUUCAUGAAGGAAGUCGGCGACCAGUUCUCCGAUAACCUUCACCAGGAAGAACAAACCGCCAUCAGCGAAUGGGCCAGCCCGGUCGAUGGCAACUUUGAGAGAUGGCGCCUCCGUGAGGGCGAUGUUAUAGUCCGCGAUAUGCCCUGCAUGGAGGUUGAAGAGCCUUGCGACCAUGCCAUCCAAUUCCACGGCCUCUGCGCCGUCUGCGGUCAGGACAUGACCGAGGUCAACUGGGCCAGCGACCAGAUCGACACAGACCGUGCUACCGUCAACAUGACCCACGACCAGACUGGACUCAUGGUCAGCAACGACAUGGCCGCUCGCGCCGAACACGAUGCCCAAAGACGUCUGCUACGUCAGCGCAAGCUGAGUCUCGUCGUCGAUCUCGAUCAGACCAUCAUUCAUGCCUGCAUCGAACCCACCGUGGGCGAGUGGAUGAACGACCCCGAGAACCCAAAUUACGAUGCUGUCAAAGACGUCCAGAAGUUCCAACUAAACGACGAAGGCCCCCGCGGUGUCACCCAGGGAUGCUGGUACUACAUCAAGAUGCGCCCAGGACUCAGGGAGUUUCUUGAGAGGGUGGCAGAGUUAUACGAGCUGCAUGUCUACACCAUGGGCACGCGCGCUUAUGCUCUCAACAUUGCCAAGAUUGUUGACCCCCAGCAGAAGCUUUUCGGCAACCGCGUCAUCAGCCGUGACGAGAACGGCAGCAUCACAUCCAAGAGCCUUCAGCGCCUUUUCCCCGUCAGCACGAAUAUGGUUGUCAUCAUUGACGACCGCGCCGACGUCUGGCCGCGCAACCGCCCGAACCUCAUCAAGGUGGUACCCUAUGACUUCUUCAAGGGCAUCGGCGACAUCAACUCGAGUUUUCUCCCUAAGCGGAGGGAUAUUCUUCCCGCACCCGCCGACGUGCCAAACGGUAAAACUGCCGCCAUCGCGUCACCCAACAUCACUCCCGAACAAGCCCAACCCCAAACGCCGGCCAAACCAUCUGCGCUCGACGAGCUCGUCAGCAUGUCGAGCGGCAACGACAAAAAGCUUCAGGCCGAACAGACGGAAGAGCAAGAGCGUUCGCUGGAGCAUCAGAUCACGGAUCGCCCCCUCGCGCACAUGCAAGAAGUUCUUGAUAAGGAAAAGGAAGAGAAAGAAAAGGCAGCACUUGAAGAGGACAACGAACCCAUUCACCGUGGACAGGUUCUACGCGAUGACGACGAGGAGCUUCAGUUCUUGCAGUCGCACUUGACGCGUCUCCACGGCGAUUUCUUCGAGAUAUACGACGCGCGCCGUGCUUCUCGGAGGGAGUCGCCCCCGAGGCAAGCACCAUCCCACGACAAGCCCCGCAAAGCGUCAUACGAUGACGGCGUCGACUUGUCCAUGGUGCCCGACGUCGGAGAGGUACUCGACGACCUCAAGGCCAAGGUGCUGCAGGAUACCGUUAUCGGGCUUUCUGGCUUGGUGCCGCUCGGCAUCGACUGGAAGCAUGUCGAUGAGGCGCCAUAUCUUGUCGACGUUGAGCCGCACCAGCGCAGGCACAACGGGACGGCUGAGGACACAGCAUCUGAAGACGGCCGACCGACACUGCGAUUGCUGGGCUUGGACGGCGAGGAGCAGAUCUUGGAGGACGAUUCGGACGACGGGGAAGAAGACUUUGCACCUGAUGACAACGGCCCCAUGAGUCCCAUUGAGACACUCGAAGGCUUCAACUGGGGAAGCGUCGACGAUGAGCUCAAUGAGUUCAUGGCCGGCGACAGCGACUCUGAAGGGACGGACGGGGAGUCCCGCGCUGACGACGAAGAUGGCGACAGCUCGGAUGCUGAGUCUACCUCGCAUUCGGGCACCAAACGCAAAGCCGAGGACACCGAAGACGAGUCUGAGGAUGGUUCCGCCCUCGCGAAGCGCCAGCGAGUCGCAAAAGACCGCGGCGCCUCCAAGCUCAGUGCCGUCCGCACUUCAGGCGGCAGCGGCACCGGAGAAGAGACGGCCGAGUCCAGCAGCUUGCCCACACCGCAGGUCACAGGCGACGAGGACAACCUUGCAUUCACCAAUGGAGCCAGUCAGGCCGCGAGCCAGGCCGACACCGAUGACCUCGACCUCGAGGCAGCAAUGGAAGCCGAGAUGGAGAAGGAACUGGCCGCCGCCGCUGGCUAG